CGUACAUAUGUUAAAUAUCUUUUAAUAAUAUUAUAUAGAAGUGAUCUUCUUACUUUGUCCUCAACUCCUCAUACAGAAUAUAUAUCUUUUUAUUUUUUGUGCACAGAGAAAAUAUUCCUAUUGGAGAGAAAAGAGAUGGUGAGACUGAAAGAAACAGAAGUGAUACUGAGAAUCUGUAUCGUCUUUCUUCUUCUCCUCACUUCUGUUUUGGUCGGUUUGGAUUCUCAGACCGAAGAGAUUGCUUAUAUCCACAAGAAAGUCACUUUCAGAGAUUUGUUUGCUCUGGAGCUUGAGUUGUACAUAAAUGUUGUGGUUGCUGCAUAUAAUAUGGUUCAAUUAGGGUUUGGUUGGUACGGUGUUGCACAAAAGACAUCCAACUCUAAAUGUCUCUCUUACUUCUUGGAUCAGACGGCGGUGUACGUGAUGUUCGCCGGAACAUCGGCGGCGGCGCAACAUUCAUUGCUGGUGUUGACAGGUUCGAGGGAGCUUCAGUGGAUGAAGUGGUGCUACAAGUUCACAAGGUUCUGCUUUCAGAUCGGAAGUGCCAUCAUCUUAAACUACAUCGCGGCUAUUCUCCUGAUCAUCCUCUCCGCUCUCUCCGCCUUCAACCUCUUCCGCCUCUACUCACCUAAACGUUAUUUUCACUUUAAGUCCUCCUCCUAAUUCAUUACUUUGUUGAUCAUUUUCUUAAUCCAGAAUAAUGUGAAGAAAACUGUUGUUUUAUUAUUGAUUCGACUCUAAAUUAUAAACUGUGUUUCUUCAAGUAAAUGCACAGUUAUAGUUUAGAGUUUGUACGUUAAUUAGUCGUCUAUACUUAGUUUUGUCAGGAUACUAAAACUGAUAAGUUCUCCUUGAAUUUCAGUAUUUUGGUGUUUCAUAAUACUUUGCUGGUAUAGGGCCUGUGGUCCUUGGAUCAUUAAUAGACGCUAGGGCCUAAAACACAAACUUAAUUAUUGGACUUGAGGCCAGUGGUGG